AUGCAAGUGAAAGUGAAAACAUUAACGGGCAGGGAUAUCCCAGUUGAUAUUGAACCUCAAGAUAAAAUAAUAAGAAUCAAAGAAAUGAUGGAAGAAAAAGAAGGUAUUUCUCCAGCACAACAACGAUUAAUCUUUAAUGGAUCACAAUUAGAUGACGAUAAAACUGUUCAAGAGUCUGGUGUGCAGUCAGGUGCUUCUUUGCAUUUGGUAUUGACAUUGAGAGGCGGUGCUUAG